AAUCUGUGGUGAGCUUGGAUUGCUAAAGAGUCUCCAGCUCUAAGGCUGCUGCUGUAACAGCACAGAGCACUGCAAGCCUUUGGCACUGUCAGGUCAGAACACGGCAAGCCUGCAGCAUUGUUAGUGAACUGAAACAAACUCCCCACCAAAAACCGCAGAUAAGAGAAGAGGAACUAAACCAGACCUUACCCAAAACCAUGAAGUCACUUGCCAUCAUCUCAGUAAUGCUGGGCAUGCUUGUCACAGGACUAGACUCUGUUUGGAAUAGACAGAAAUUGUACGACUUACCCAGCAAACACAAAUUGAGACACAAAGAUUGUAAUUGUCUGAAUGGAGGAACUUGCAUUUCCUAUACACUCUUUUCCAGGAUUAGCCGUUGCUCAUGUCCAAAUGGAUAUAGAGGGAAUCACUGUGAAAUAGACUCUGAAACGCGAUGUUUUAAUGAAAAUGGUCAAGACUAUAGAGGAACGGUGUCUGAGUGCGAGUACAACAAAGAAUGUUUGUCAUGGGACUCUCCCUCAUUACUUAGGAGACCCUACAAUGCAAACAUGAGGGAUGCUCUGCAGCUUGGACUGGGCAAACACAACUACUGCAGAAAUCCAGAUGGAAGAUCUAAACCGUGGUGUUAUGUUAAGAAAGGGUUCCAGAUCGUGCCACACGUUUGUAAUAUACAAAUGUGUCACAGUGACACAGGGCCUACAUGUGGCCAAAGGAGACAGACCAAGUACUACAAAAUCGUUAGCGGGACAACUGCAAAGAUAGAGUCUCAGCCUUGGAUAGGUACCAUCUAUCAUUAUUCAAAGAAAGCAGCUGAGAAUCAGUUUGUGUGUGGUGGCAGUCUCAUCCACCCUUGCUGGUUGCUUACUGCAGCACACUGCUUCCAAAAAGAGAUAAACCCAUCAGAAUAUACAGUUAUUCUUGGAAAAUCCCAGCUGAAUUCCACUGAUAAAAAAGAACAGAAGUUUCAGGUGAAAAGAAUAAUCACUCAUCCACGAUUUUCAGAUGAGUCAGGCGGUUAUGAGAAUGAUAUUGCUUUGAUGAAAAUACAGUCAGCAUCUGGGCAAUGUGCAGUUGAAUCUGAAUAUGUCAAAAUUGUUUGUUUGCCACCUGAAAACCUGGAACUAAGGGACAACACCCAAUGUGAAGUUUCUGGCUAUGGGAAACAAGAUAACUUUGACUAUUUCUACUCUCAAAUACUGAAGUCAGCCAAUGUGAACUUACUAUCACAAUCUCUGUGCCGGGAUAAAUACUACAAAGACUAUAAAAUUACCAGAAACAUGGUCUGUGCUGGGGAUAUUCACUGGAAAGUCGAUGCCUGCAAGGGAGAUUCCGGUGGCCCUCUUGUCUGUGAACACAAUGGCAGCAUGACUCUGUAUGGGAUUGUCAGCUGGGGAAUUGGCUGCGCUCAGGAAAACAGGCCUGGAGUCUACACCAGAGUCACCCAGUAUAUUCCUUGGAUUGAGUCUGAGAUGAAUGGAAUCCAUUUCAAAGGCCAUGUCCUCUCCAAAUAAGUGAUCUUUUCUUGAGGCCUGGAUCCAAAGCAGGAAGUCUGAGCACUUCUGUCACACAAAUGGGACUGAACCAUGUAUCGAUGCAGUACAUUGAAACCCUGAGUGUUAGUUUGGAGACUACUUGUGUGGGUUCCUCUCAAGUUUGCUUUAAAAAUGCUUCACAUCAGCAUAUCUGAAGCAGAUAGACUACUGCUAUGUCCACUGCUGUGGAUUACCUGGAAAUCAUUCCAUAGGAAACUAACUUUUAAAUAAUAAGUAUUUCCAAGCACGGUACUGUAAGUUACCUCCCUACUUUAUAUGAGAACUAAUAUUAGUCUUUUGCAAGUAUCUGUAAAGUUUUAUCACUCAGUAACUUAUUCAUUUUAUUUCAACUUUUUGAAAAAGUGUUUAUUUUGUAUGUGCCUUUGUUCUAAAACAACUAUUGUUUUAGUUUAACCUACUGAAGAACAUGAGGAUAUGAGCAUUAGCAGCCUAAUACAGCUGAACCCAUAUUCAAACAGUGAACUAGGUCUCAUGUAUCAGAACAGAGUUGUGUCACUGUACUGUCAUGUAUUGAGUGAAAUUCUGGUCAGAAAAAAACAAAUCUCUACUUAGAAUGAAGCGAUAUUUGGCAUGUGGGCCCAAUCUUGUAAACCUUAUACAUGCUGAAUGCUCAGUAACAUUACUGGUGGUCAUGUCUUGGUAAGAUAACUCUAAGGACAUUCCAGUUAACUGAGCACAGUACAGGAAACCAAACUGUUAUAGAAAACCCUAAGUGGCUUUCAGACCCAAUCCACAAAUGUUUUGUCCUGACCCUUCCAAUAUCAAUGUAUGUCCAUAUGUGCACUGAUUAUAGGUUUAGAUGUUGUCAGGUGUUUGGGGUGAGGGGCAAGUUAUUAUAUGUUCCUUUCAUUUCUGGCCAAGUUCUGCCCUCAAGUGCCUGUCCACUGUAUGCUACAGGUAUGUAAGAUGCCAGAACUUAGCCCCAUUCAUGUAGAUAAGGGUGUUUGAGAGCUACCUCUUUCCCAGAGAUUUAUUAUAAGCCUGUUAAUUUUAUUUUUAACUGUUUUUUAAUUAUUUGUAAUAUUUGUAUGGAGGCUGGAACCUCAACUGUUAUUUAAUUUUUUUAUCUUUUUUUAACUUAUUGUUCAGGGAGGUGAAAACUCUUAAUAAAAAUGGCUAAUCUUA